AUUCUUUGUGUUAAAUAUUAAUAAGACAUGUUAAUGUUUAACACUAAGACCUAUUAAAUUUCAAAGAUGAAACAUAAUUGCAAAACCAAAAUAUUUUUCGACAGAAAUUUUUGGGAAAAGAUUCCAGAUUUUCAGACAAAUCCACCAUUUUACUUAACAAUUACCAAUUUAAUAGAAGAUAUUAUAAAACCUACAUGAAAAAAUCCAAGAAGCUUCUGAAAAGCUAUUAUUUAUUACGCGACUAUUCAACUAGACUACAUUAGACUGAACAAAAAAUAAUGAAGCCGAGAGAGUUGGUCAUGAAUUUAAGUCACCAAACACUUAGAGGCAUCUUGCUUCACCUGUUUGUCUUCCUCGUCUUCAUGCUGUACGACUUGCAUGCAGGACAUAUUUGCCUCAACGCCCUGUGAAAUGCAGAAGAAGAGUGAUUGUGUGGAGGAAGAUGAGGGCAGUGCAGAGCUUCUAGUAUCCAGCUGUCUGUCGAUGAAGAGUGACCGGUCUCAAGGUCUACCUUUGCUCUUCAGUAAUGAACCUGGACCCCCAGACACACAACGUCAGGACCGCAGAAAGAGAGCGGCGUCUCCAGUACCCAGCUGUCUGUCUUUGAAGAGUGACCAGUCUCAAGGUCUACCUUUGUUCUUCAAUAAUGAACCUGGACCCUCAGACACACAAAAGUUGACAAGAGGUGUUUCUGUGGAGGAGCAGCCGUCCUGCUGUGUUUUGUGUCAGGACGUCCUGAAGGAUCCAGUCUCUACCAGCUGUGGACACUGGUUCUGCAGACAGUGCAUCACCUCAUACUGGGACCAGUCUGCUUCAUCAGGAGAGUCCUCCUAUCCCCAGUGUGGAGACAGAUCCAGAACGAGAGCUGGACUGCAGACAGCCAGUCAGACCUGCACUGUGCAAACAGGUAGUAAUUUGCAGGAUGUUGUUGAUGAACAUAAGAUCAGUCUGAGGAGGAGAUGUGAAUGUGUGACUGAAGGAAGUGAUGAAACAGGAAGUGGAACCCUCCUCAACAGGAUCUACACUGAGCUCUACAUCACAGAGAGACAGAGUGAGGAGGUUAAUACCCAACAUGAGGUUUUGCAGCUUGAGACAACUUCCAAGAUGGAGACCCUCCAUGAGACUCCAAUCAAGUGCCAGGACAUCUUUAAAGCCUCACCUGACCAGCAGAGACACAUCAGAGUCGUUCUGACGAACGGCAUCGCUGGCGUUGGAAAAACCUUCUCAGUGCAGAAGUUCAGUCUGGACUGGGCAGAGGGCUUGGAAAACCAAGACGUCAGCCUGGUGGUUCUGCUUUCGUUCAGGGAGCUGAACUUGAUCAGAGAUGAGCAGUACAGUCUUCUGACGCUGCUCCGUGUUUUCCAUCCAACAUUACAGAAGGUCACAGCAGAGAAGCUCGCUGUCUGUAAGCUUUUGUUCAUCUUUGACGGCCUGGAUGAAAGCAGACUUUCACUGGAUUUCCACAACAACGAGGUUUUGUCUGAUGUCUCGCAGAAGUCAUCAGUCAACGUGCUGUUGACAAACCUCAUCAAGGGGAAUCUGCUUCCCUCGGCUCUCGUCUGGAUAACUUCCAGACCCGCGGCGUCCAAUCAGAUCCCUCCUGCAUGUGUUGACAGAGUAACAGAAGUACGAGGCUUCACUGAUGCCCAGAAGGAGGAGUACUUCAAGAGGAGAUUCAGUGAUGAAGAUCUGUCCAGCAGAAUCAUCUCACACAUCAAGACGUCCAGGAGUCUCCACAUCAUGUGUCAAAUUCCAGUCUUCUGCUGGAUCACUGCUACAGUUCUGGACCACAUGUUGAAUACAGACCAGAGAGGAGAGCUGCCCAAGACCCUGACUGACAUGUACUCCCACUUCCUGCUGGUUCAGACAAAGAGGAAGACGGAGAAGUAUGAUGAGGAACAUGAGACGAGUCCACAGGAGCUGAUGGAGGCUGACAGGGAAGUUCUUCUGAAGCUGGGGAGGCUGGCCUUUGAACAGCUGGAGAAAGGAAACAUCAUGUUCUACCAAGAAGACCUGGAGCAGUGUGGUCUUGAUGUCACUGAGGCCUCUGUGUACUCUGGAUUUUGUACAGAGAUCUUCAAAAGAGAGUGUGUGAUCUUCCAGAAAACAGUUUACUGCUUUGUUCAUCUGAGCAUUCAGGAGUUUCUGGCUGCAGUCUACAUGUUCCACUGUUACACCAGCAGGAACACAGAGGUACUGGAGGGUUUCCUAAAAGACUCAAAACCAAGUUCUUUUCUUGAGAAGAUUUUAAAGCGUUUUGAGAAUGACAGCCUGGAUGUCUUUCUGAGGAGCAACAUGAAGAAAUCUCUUGAAAGUAAAAAUGGUCACCUGGACCUGUUUGUUCGCUUCCUUCAUGGCCUCUCUUUGGAGUCCAACCAGAGACUCUUAGGAGGCCUGCUGAGUCAAACAGACAACAGUCCAGAGACCAUCCAGAGAGCCAUCAACAACCUGAAGGAGAUGAACAGUGAUGAUAUCUCUCCUGACAGAAGCAUCAACAUCUUCCACUGUCUGAUGGAGAUGAACGACCCCUCAGUACAUCAGGAGAUCCAAGAGUUCCUGAAGUCAGAGAACAGAUCAGAGAAGGAACUCUCUGAGAUCCACUGCUCAGCUCUGGCCUACAUGCUGCAGCUGUCAGAGGAGGUUCUGGAUGAGUUGGACCUGCAGAAGUACAACACAUCAGAGGAGGGACGACGGAGACUGAUUCCAGCUGUGAGGAACUGCAGAAAGGCUGAACUCUCUGGCUGUGGACUCUCAGAGACUCACUGUGAAGUCGUGGCCUCAGCUCUGAAGUCCAGCCCCUCCCAUCUGACAGAACUGGACCUGAGUAUGAACAAGCUGCAGGAUUCAGGAGUGAAGCUGCUGUCUGCUGGACUGGAGAGUCCAAACUGUAGACUGGAGACUCUGAGGUUGAGUUACUGCAGGUUGUCAGAGAUCAGCUGUGCUUCUCUGGCCUCAGCUCUGAAGUCCAACGCCUCCCAUCUGACAGAACUGGACCUGAGCUUCAACUUGCUGCAGGAUUCAGGAGUGAAGCUGCUGUCUGCUGGACUGGAGAGUCCAGACUGUAGACUGAAGACUCUGAGGUUGAAUUGGUGCAAGUUGUCAGAGAUCAGCUGUGCUUCUCUGGCCUCAGCUCUGAAGUCCAACCCCUCCCAUCUGACAGAACUGGACCUGAGUGGAAACGAGCUGCAGGAUUCAGGAGUGAAGCUGCUGACUGAUCUGGUGGAGAGUCCAGACUGUAGACUGAAGACUCUGAGAUGGACGUUAUCUCUGUCAGAGUGUGAGCGAUCAGAAAGGUGAUUGGCUGAGAGCCGAUCAUUGACGGAGUAUCAUCAGUGUAUCUGGACUGCUGUGCUGCUGCUCUGUCCUUCUACACAGUCUCUGCAGACUCUCCUCCACUCCUUCUGCUCCUCACUCACACACCUCCUCCACCUGGAACCUAAACUUCCAGGUGUAAGUCUAUAUUCGAUCAAGGCUUUGCUGAAGUUUCUCAGCUGACGACAAACAGAUUAUAUCUGAAAAAGGGAAACAGACUUAGUGAGUAAAUGAUGAUGUACAUAAAACACAUAUGACUAAAACUUCCAGUGAAGAGCCGAAAACAUCAGAUUUGUGUGGAGUGAUGAGGAGGCUGUAAUCUUCCUCACACUAAGACAUGAAACUACAUAGACAUAGAAAUGUCCGUGAAUGUUUUUUCUGUCAUGUUUCCUUCCUGGUUUUCCAUCGUUUGACCUUUGACUGGAGCUCAUUUAAUGACACUGACUGGAGAAUUAGCUCCACCUUCUGUUUAUCUCAGGUUCUCCCUCUUCCUCUGUGAUUUUUGGAAAUGAAAUACUGAAAUCACAGUUCCUCCUUCCUCCUUUUCAUACAGCAACAGAAUAACUACCUUUGAUCAGUUUGUGGUGCUCAUAUUGAAAGAUUCAACAGAAAAGCAACUAUAUUAACAAAACUGUAUCUGGGUAUAUAUAUAUAUAUAUAUAUAUAUAUAUAUAUAUAUAUAGUGUCUCUUUCGUGAUGGACAAGAUUAAAAUGGAAAAUUUGGGUUUUGAAACCAGAAGAUUUUUACUUUGUUGAGUGAGAGUGGAACAUACAGCCCAUGCUUUAUUCAUCAAUCUUUAAAUGCCUUCUCUCUUACUGCAAUGUAUACAAACUAGUGUAUGACAAUUCUGUUGAAUACAAAUACAAUUUAAUCUCAUUACGCAUCAUGUGUCCUUAAAAACAUACUUACUGGUGCAAAUCAGUUGUGUAUAAGCAGAAUUUGGAAUUAAUGUAAAUGUGGGAACUGUGUGAUCUGCUCGAUCAACUGACUCAGAUGUACAGCUUGUGCUCAUUUUUUUUAUUUGAAUACAUCUCUUCAUCACAACUGCACUUUUUUUAUAUACAACAAUAAGCUCUUCAAAUGACUCACCUGUACAUGUUGACCGUUUUUAAAUGCUGAAUUUAGAGUAUUUCAUUUUUACCAAUGAAGAAAUUUAAAACACCUUUGACCUCACGCUGCCCGUUUCUCUCUUAAUCAUUGAGUUAAUCUUUAAAGACGCUUCAUUUCCCUCCUGGGCAACAAUAAAGUCUUUUUUUAUUCUACCUCAGAUGAUCUCAUCUUACUGGAUCUCAAAAUAAUAACUCUCUUUAAUUAAGUAAGACGUUUGCUUUGUAAUGAUAAGUGGUUAGAAAACAGUAAAAUCUACUGAGAUAUUUUUUCCAUUGUACCAGUGGAAAUUUAACAGUGCAAAAAGAGCCUGGAAGGAAGCUGUAUUCUGGCAUGCCCUCCACCUCUGGCACAUCUAGUGGCAGUACUUCCCCCUCCCUCCUUUCCCUGGCAGUGUGAGCAUGACUGCCACGCUGGUGGAGGGCAGGUGCAGCUUGUCCUAAUUAACAGAUUGUUUCCAGCCGUGGUGGGGAGUGGUCUCCUCAUCUGGAGCAUUCACCAGCCCGUAUAUAAGACUCCAGCAGACCACUACCCGACACCAGUCCGUGAAUGAACUCCAUUCCGACCCUCUAUGCCGCCUGGAGAUCCCUCCUGCCACACUCAUUUGCCUCUGAUUGUCCAGCCUGGAAAUUCCCCUCACUCACCUCCAUUAUAAGCCAGCAGCAGCCACACUGCCACUCCACCCAGCCCUGGACCUAUUCCCUUUCAUUUCCCAUUUCUGUCUGUCAGUAAGCUCUGAUCUCUUGUUGAUUGUUUCACUUCAGCCUGUGUAGGAUCUUAUGUUCAUUAGCCUUGUUAAUCUGUUCAGUUCUCCGUUCUAGUUUUGUUGUCUAGUAGUUUGUUCGCCUAGUCGCUAUUGAGCACAGGUAGUUUUGUUUUGACCACGACUCCCUGUUUCUGCAAUUGUGGUUGUAAAUAAAGUUUUCCAUUUGUA